UGACACUCUCCUCUGUGUGAGUCUGUCAGGGAAGGAGUGUGUGUCUGCAUGUUUCCACCGGGAACAUUCUUUCAGAACUUACUCCACUCUUUCAGAGUGCUGGGCAGACUUUUUUGUGAGAGGGGAGAGAGACCCCCAUGGUGCUGUGAUUUGACUAAACAAACAGCCCGUCUCAGUGCGGCACCUCCUCCCAGCGGACUCCGGGGACACCAGAGAUUAACCCCAGACUCUGAACAUCUGAAGGAUCUGUACUUUUGGAGCAGCAGCCCCCGUAGAGCUGACCGGCCGAUUUCCCUCCGCUUGUCGGCAACCCUCUUCUACAAGGAGGGGAGACUCAUCUGAAGGACAGACUUGGCUUAAGGCAUCUACCAUGAAGAAGGUGACAAAAUCUGUGCUCCAUCUCACAGUGACAUUUACAGCUUUGCUGUAUCUCUGCGCUGAAGUGGGCUGCCUGGAGAUCAAACCCGAUGACAAAGAGCUCGUCCUGGCUAAAGGCUCCUCGGUCACCCUGACCUGCUCCGGCUCUGGGGAGACAGUAUGGGAGUUUAAGCGAGAUGAUGGGGCAUUCCAUCACAUGGAGCAAUUUCAAAAUCCUGAUGCCACCACCAGUGUUCUGACUUUGGGGAAUGUGAGCUGGAAGGAUACUGGUGUGUAUCUUUGUGUGGAUCAGCUCUCCGGCGAAACCAAGGAGGUGGUUGUGUUUGUCCCAGAUCCUGAAGUAUGGUUUGUAGGGAGCUCCCACGGCAUGGUAACCAAGACGAGUGAGGAAAGCACCAUUCCCUGUGUGGUCACCAACCCAAACAUUAGUGUCACGGUGUAUGAGAGAGACACUAACAUACCGAUCAAAGGGCUGUAUGUCCCCAGCGAGGGGUACAGGGCACCGCUGGAGGACAGGAUAUAUGUGUGUCGUGGAGAAUUGGAUGGACAGGUGAAAGAUUCCCAGGACUUCUACGUCGUCAGCAUUGUUGUUCCAGAGGCCAUGAACCCCUACAUCAACGCUUCAAAGACGGUCAUGAAGCAGGGUGAACCACUUACUGUAAACUGCACAGUGCAGGGAGUGGAGCUGGUGUUCUUUUCUUGGGAUCACCCCAAAGGAGAGGUUGUUGAGGUUGAGCCGUUGACAGAUGUCUUGUUUGGCAUGAACAUGCGUUCCUACCUGAUCUUCCCUCAUGCCACCGUGUCCCACAGUGGAAACUACAUCUGCCAUGUCCAUGAAGGAGUCAAAGAUCAGACGGCCUCUGCCAGCAUCAACAUCACUGUGCUUGAGAAAGGCUUUGUGGAUGUGAAGCCCGCUCAACAGCAAAACAUUUCAGCCAGGCUUCAGGAGAACGUGGAGCUGAAGGUGGAGAUUGAGGCCUACCCUCCCCCCCAGAUUCUCUGGACCAAAGAUGGCGCCACCAUUAAGGGAGACAAAACCAUCAUCAUCAGACAAGAGCACGAAAUAAAAUAUGUCACCAUUCUCACUCUGGUGAGGGUGAGGACAGAGCAAAAGGGGCUGUAUGCUGUACUUAUAAGCAAUGAAGACGACACAAAGCAAGUUACCUUUGACCUGGAAGUCCAAGUUCCCUCUCAGAUUAAAGAAUUGACCGACCACCAUCUCCCUGGGAAGAGACACUUGGUGACUUGUCUCGCCGAGGGGGUCCCACCCCCAUCCAUACAGUGGUACAGCUGCGACAGCAUGCUCAAGUGCAACAACCACACGGCGGCGUGGCAGCCCUUAACGCCGCUGCCCGAGGAGCUGAGCAUCCAGACCAACGUGAGCUACAGUGAGGCACGGAAAAUCAACCAAGUGCGCAGCCAGGUGACCUUCCACAAGCCUCAGCAGGUCACGGUGCGCUGUGAGACCACCAACCGAGCUGGACUCAUGGACAGAAGAGAUGUCAAACUGGUGUCCAGCACCCUGUUCUCCCAGGUGGCAGUGUUGGCUGCUGUUCUGGCCUUAGUGGUCAUCUUUAUCAUGUCUAUCAUCAUCCUCAUUGCUGUGUGGAGAAAGAAACCUCGCUACGAGAUCAGAUGGAAAGUGAUAGAAUCUGUGAGUCAGGAUGGACACGAGUACAUCUACGUAGACCCCAUCCACCUGCCCUAUGACCUGGCCUGGGAGAUGCCCCGAGACAACCUGGUACUGGGUCGCACUCUUGGAUCAGGAGCUUUUGGCAGAGUGGUCGAGGCAACUGCGUAUGGUCUCACACAUUCCCAGUCCAGCACAAAAGUGGCAGUGAAAAUGCUGAAAUCCACGGCCAGGAGGAGUGAGACUCAGGCACUGAUGUCAGAGCUGAAGAUCAUGAGUCACCUGGGUCCUCACCUAAAUAUCGUCAACUUGCUUGGAGCUUGCACAAAACAUGGCCCUCUUUACUUGGUGACUGAGUACUGUCGCUACGGCGACCUGGUUGACUACCUUCACAGGAACAAGCACACUUUCCUGCAGUACUACAUAGAGAAGAACCAAGAUGACAGCUGCCUGAUUUCAAGAGGAAGCACCCCUCUCAGCCAACGAAAAGGUUAUGUGUCCUUUGGAAGUGAGAGUGAUGGGGGUUACAUGGACAUGAGCAAAGAUGAGCCAUCAGUCUACGUGCCCAUGCAGGAGCAGAUCGACACCAUCAAAUAUGCAGACAUCCAGCCUUCGCCGUAUGAGUCCCCCUACCAGCAGGACAUCUAUCAGGAGCAAGGGGUCAGCAGGCCAGACCUGGUCAUCAGUGACUCUUCCAGUCUCACCUAUGACGAUCUCCUGGGCUUCAGCUACCAGGUGGCAAAGGGGAUGGAGUUCCUCGCCUCUAAGAAUUGUGUCCACCGUGACCUGGCUGCGAGGAACGUGUUGAUCUGUGAAGGCAAGCUGGUGAAGAUUUGUGACUUUGGUCUGGCCAGAGAUAUCAUGCAUGAUUCCAACUACAUCUCAAAAGGCAGCACAUUCUUGCCCCUGAAGUGGAUGGCACCAGAAAGUAUUUUCCAUAACUUGUACACCACCCUGAGCGAUGUGUGGUCAUAUGGCAUUCUUCUUUGGGAGAUUUUCACACUGGGAGGAACCCCUUACCCAGAUUUGCCUAUGAAUGAAAUAUUCUACAGUGCUUUGAAGAGAGGCUACCGAAUGUCCAAACCUGCACAUGCCUCUGAUGAAGUUUAUGAAAUCAUGAAGAAAUGCUGGGAUGAAAAGUUUGAGAAGAGGCCUGAGUUCUCCCUCCUGGUCCACAGCGUGGGAAACAUGCUGACAGAGAGCUACAAGAAGAGAUACAACCAAGUGAAUGACAACUUCCUGAAGAGUAACCACCCUGCUGUUGCCCGCACCAAACCCCGCCUGUCCUCGCCCUUUCCAAUCGCCAACCCAGCAUUUGGUUCUCCUGCUUCCGUACCCCUAUCCUCAUCCCCACUGGGCCCUUCCAACCGUAACCCGAGGCUUGCAGACCUCAGGCAGGAGGCCGACACGCAAGAAGUUCUAACUUCAUACAACGAGUACAUCAUUCCCAUCCCUGACCCGAAACCAGAGGAGGCUUUCACUGACAUGCCGUCAGAAAGUCCAGUGAGUUCUCUGGCUCUGGAGGAGGAGACUGACUCCAUGUCUCAGGACACGGCGGACACUCUUCCAGAGGAGGAUCGUCUGGAAGAGAGCAGCGAGAGAGACGCUCUGCUGGGCUCGGCAGGGACACCCGAGGUAGAAGACAGCUUCCUGUAACCACAUGUGGGGUCCCCGGGAAACACGGUCCCACUUCUGAACAGAAAAGGGAACAUGACUAAACUGACAUGUAGCAAAACUGAGACUGAGAAGGCCAAUUCUGUAUUUUCACACUCAAAUCAUUGUAUCUCUGAGAUUACGAUGAUGAAAAUGAGGUUUUUGGGAGCUUGCGACAAUGUGAAUACGGUACAGUCCACUCCUUUGUAAAAAAAAAAAGUGCAACUGAGCACAGACAUUUUUACAGUGUUUUCCAAUUUAGCCUUCAAGCCUUAUGACAUGCAGUAUCAGAUUAUUUAGAUAAAUGUAACCAUGCCAUGCCUUUUCUGGCAGUUGUAAUCACAGUUUUUGAAAGAUUUUUGAAAAGCGGGUUUUUUGUAAUGUGCAUUUUAAAAAUGAUACAAGAAAAAAGACAAACCAUUAACAAAUUUAUACAUAAGAAGGAAAUAAAAAAAGAGGAUUGUUUGUAAUUUUUUAUUUUUAUUUUCUCCUAGUGUUGGUACUAUCAGUAGCCUUAUUCGCAGUUUUAUACGUUUGUUAAAUAUUCGUUUUGGGGCCCUCCAUGUACACUGUUUUAAAAUUAGAUGUACUCUCUGUGUAGCUCCAUAGGCCACAUUGUUUUCAUAUGCGUGGACUGAAUUUUGUUCUUCUUUUGUGUAGGCUUAAUUCAUAGUUCUGUGCCAAAAUUGCACUUUAUUUAGAAAAAAAUGUGGAUACUCAUGUAAAGUUACAUUCUGUGAAAAUGAGACAGCUACAACAUAGAGCCACUAAAGCAUAACUAUCAGACUGUAAGAGUGAUUAGAUAAUCCUUUUGUCUGCGCAGACAGGUGACUCUCAAGUGUACAUAAUCAACGCAGCAUAUCACUGCCUUAGCACAAGAUGGCACACAUGAGAGCCUUUGUGCUGACAGAUUUCUGUUUUGCAGCUAUGAACGAAGGUCAUCUUCACUGAAGAAUCAUGACUGCCAUGUGUCCUCUAUUGCUUUGUGUAACAUUCACUUAUAUUGUUUCUUUUAUUUUUUGCUGUUGUUUUUAAGAAAUACUCAGUUCACCAUCUAUAUCAACACAUUUUAUUUGAUGUAGAACUCAGUGUAAAAUGCACAAGAUCACUGUGUCACAAGCUAGGGUACCAAAGCUCUUCUUAACGUUUACAAAUGUAUUUUUAUAUGUGUCAUUUUUUAUGCUGUAAAUGUGUCAAUAAAUGUGUACUAUCACCACAC